UGUACCAGUGCACACUCCUUAUCUCCUUCACUCCCAGAAAUCCUCAGCAGCCAGCAUAGAGAAUGGCAGCACCGGGCUCAGUAGGACUUCUCCAGGUUCAGUCCUUCGCCGCGGCCAAGUGUCGGCCGGUGGCCGUGAGCCGGCGGCCCGUGUUCGCCGUCCGAGCCUCGGCGGCUUCUGCUGCCACCAAGGACGCCGUCCUCAGGCCCUUCCGAGAGAACAGGGCUCUCAAGAUCAUUUCAGGGCUUCAGAACUUCGACAGGAACAAUGUUGCUUCUGUUGUCACAGCUGCAGAUAAGGGAGGUGCUACCCAUGUUGACAUAGCAUGUGACCAGGACUUGGUAAAGCUUGCUCUGGAGCUAACUAACCUCCCGAUCUGUGUAUCAUCCGUAAAUCCUUCAGCAUUCCAAUCUGCAGUAGAAGCUGGAGCGCAGAUGAUUGAGAUUGGAAACUACGAUUCCUUUUACGAAGACGGCAUCAAAUUCUCUUCGGAGCAGAUAUUGAAACUGACCAGGGAGACAAGGAAGAUGUUCCCUGACAUCACAUUAUCAGUAACUGUUCCUCACACUCUUAGCCUCCCAGAUCAGAUGAGACUUGCAGAGCUCCUUGAAGAGGAAGGCGCUGACAUCAUUCAGACUGAAGGUGGGAAGUGUUCGAGUCCAACAAAGCCUGGAGUGCUUGGACUAAUUGAAAAGGCAACACCAACAUUGGCCGCGGCAUACUCCAUCUCGCGGGCUGUCAGCAUACCGGUGAUGUGCGCGUCAGGGCUAAGUUCAGUGACCGCACCAAUGGCAGUAACUGCAGGAGCUGCCGGCGUGGGAGUUGGUUCUGCAAUUAACAAGCUCAAUGACGUCGUGGCGAUGAUCGCCGAGGUGAGGAGCAUCGCCGAGGCUCUGGGGACAUCUUCGAGAAACAUGUCCGAGGACCUGAGAACAGUUCAUCAUUAGUAUUACUAGGACGCUACUUCUAUCAGGAGGCAUAUCAGCAGUUUUAGCAUUUCUCCUGUCUGCUAGCCUUCUGUGCAGGCAAGGAGAAUUGCACUAGAGAAGGGCUGAUUCUGUCGAUGAGUCCUUGUCAGAUCAGACCAUUAUUUCAGAUGUAAUGUAACCUCAGAUAGGCGGUUUGUGGGACAUCAUUGUGCACAAUUGAAAAUACGAGGGUCUGGUUUGGGUCA